AUGACUUCUGUAGCCAGCAAGCGUCUCUUCCAGGAAUACAAGAACCUCUCGCUUGAACCUCCGGAUGGCAUCACCGCCGGGCCCGUCAACGAAGAUGACCUCUUCUUAUGGGAAGCCAUGAUUGAAGGACCCGAAGGCACACCUUUUGAAGGUGGUGUAUUUCCAGCGGAGUUGAAGUUCCCGCGAGAUUAUCCCCUCAUGCCGCCGACAAUGAGAUUCACCGAGCCAAUCUGGCAUCCAAACGUAUACCCGAACGGUGUAGUCUGCAUCAGCAUCCUACAUGCUCCCGGCGAGGAUCCGAACCAUUACGAAACCGCUAGCGAGCGUUGGAGUCCGAUUCAGAGCGUGGAGAAGAUACUCAUAUCCGUCAUGAGCAUGAUUGCAGAGCCUAAUGAUGAAAGUCCUGCGAAUAUUGACGCCGCGAAGAUGUGGCGGGAGCGGAGAGAAGAAUACGAGAAGCGGGUGCGCGCAGAUGUGCGGAGGAGUUUGGGAUUGUGA